AUGAUAGCUAUGAAUAAAAUUAAAAACUUCGAUGCGAAAAAAUUUUUUAUUGAUUUGGCAACGGGUGGGACUGCUGCUGCAAUAUCGAAAACAGCAGUUGCACCCAUUGAGAGGGUGAAAAUAUUGUUGCAGGUGCAAGAUGCACAGAAAACAAUCGCGGUUGAAAAACGGUACAAAGGUAUUAUUGAUGUACUGAUUCGAGUUCCAAAGGAACAAGGGUUAACUGCUUUAUGGCGGGGUAAUUUAGCCAAUGUGAUCCGAUAUUUUCCUACACAGGCACUUAACUUCGCUUUUAAGGAUACAUUCAAGCAAAUGUUUAUGGGAGGCAUAGACAAGGAAAAACAGUUCUGGAGAUUUUUUGCGGGAAAUCUUGCAUCGGGUGGUGCUGCUGGUGCUGCAUCAAUGUGCUUUGUGUAUCCGCUAGAUUUUGCUCGGACACGGCUUGCAGCUGAUAUCGGGAAAGGCGAAAGUCGCGAAUUUAAAGGUUUGACGGAUUGUAUUGUGAAAGUUGCGAAAUCAGAUGGUAUCGUUGGAUUAUAUAGAGGUUUCCUGGUGUCAGUACAAGGGAUCAUUAUUUACCGUGCUGCCUACUUUGGUAUGUUUGAUACUGUAAAAACAUUGGUGGCUAGCGAAAAAAAAUUAAACUUCUUCUUUGCUUGGAUGAUUGCACAGAUCGUCACAGUAAGUUCUGGUAUUUUGUCGUAUCCAUGGGAUACUGUACGUCGUCGUAUGAUGAUGCAGUCUGGACGUAAAGAUAUUCUUUAUAAGAAUUCAUUCGACUGCGCGAUGAAAAUAAUCAAGAAUGAGGGUGCGAGUGCAAUGUUUAAAGGUGCGCUGUCGAAUGUUUUUCGAGGUACCGGCGGAGCAUUAGUAUUAGCAAUUUACGAUGAGAUUCAGAAAUACCUUUGA